GUGACCAGUGAAUCUCUGGACAAAAAACAUGCUUCUUAUCAAAACUUAAAUUGAAAAACUGGUUUUAUUGUUUUUGUGGAUGGCGUCAUUAUAGUUAUUUAUUUAUUUCUUAAAUUUUAUAGCGAUAUGAAGUUGAGUAAUACCGAAGUUCGAAUCUUGGUACUGGUACCUGAUUUCUAAGAUGUCUUUAGGGGAAUCCCCAGGAUUGCAGUGCUCGUCGGUAUUGUGCACUUGGCAAAAAGGAUAGAGAAAUGUGAUUACAUUCGAUUUCAAGGUUGUGUUGCUUGGUAAAUUGUAUUCAAUUAUAGUCCUUUCUAUGAUUCUAGGAUUUUGAAUGCAUAAAUAAAUAAAAUAGCGAUUUAUUUUCUAUUUACAUUGCCUGCAUUGUUUUUUCGCAUGCCCGUUACAAUUACAUUAGUUCUGUAGGUAGUUUUGCGUGGGAAUUUGUCUCAUCAGACGUGAGAGGUUGGUCACAUUCUAGCGUCAUUGUCGUAUCAAUAAUCUAUCUUGCUGUCGCAAUUUUAUUUUUCGGUCACAAACAUCUGAUUUUUCCAAGUUUAUCAUCGGCCAAUAGUUCAAAAAUAGUUAUGCUUAGUUUUUGCCAAUAUCUUGCUUCGUUGUAAUUUCGAAUUCGAAAGACCCUUCAGCCUUUUUAGAUUGCAGACUCAUCACAGGUCUGCAGAUUAUUCUGUUACAUUUCUGGUUUUGGAAUGGAUCUAAGCCAACUAAAUAUUAAACGUUUUGGAUUUGAGGUUUGUUUUCAGAUUUGUUUAUUAGUAUGAGUUCGGAGCUAAUAUGCAUUGCCGAUUUUGCAAAAGAGGCGAGGCGGAAACUGUCCCCCGAAGGCUGGGGAUACUAUGCCUCUGCAGCCAUUGGCGAAACAACAGCACAAGAAAAUUGUGAAGCAUAUAAAAAAUGGAGGUUUCGACCAGGUUUGCUUAAGAAUGUUUCGGAUGUCGAUAUGUCAACAACCGUACUUGGUUCAAACCUAUCUUUUCCGAUCUGCAUCGCACCAACAGCUCAUCAUGCUAUUGGUUGUGCGGAGGGUGAAGUUGCAACAGCUAAAGCUGCAGAGUCUUUGGGUGCAGGGAUGGCGUUGAGUCUCUUCAGUAACUUUACUAUGGAAGAAGUAGCUCAAAAGUCACCCAACUGCAUUAGGUGGUGUCAUGUUCAAAUUGUUCAGAAUUCUGAUGUCACAGAACAUUAUAUGAAACGAGCAGAGAAAGCUGGAUUUACUGGAUUCAUCGUAACGAUUGAUCGAGCGGUUUUAGGAAAACGAUGUUAUAAAUAUGAAGAUGGAGAGCGUUUCACAUUCAUACCCAAGCAUCCAUGCCCCAACCUCCGAGAGUCAAUAAAACAUUCAAUGCCAAAUAUGAACGAAAUAGAAGCAUAUCAACAAGUAUCUAACAGCACAACAGAAUGGGACAGCAUAGACUGGCUAAAAUCAAGGACUAAACUACCAGUGGCUGUAAAAGGGGUUCUGACAAGAGAAAUGGCUUUGAAAGCAAUUGAGCAUAAGGUGGACGGUAUAAUAGUAUCCAAUCAUGGUGGUCGACAAUUAGAUGGAACUUUUGCCACGAUUGAUGCGCUCCCAGAGGUGGUCAAAGCAGUGAAUGGCAGAUGUGAUGUAUACCUAGAUGGUGGAAUCCGCAAAGGAACUGACAUUGCGAAAGCAAUUGCGCUUGGUGCAAAAGCAGUUUUUGUGGGAAGACCAAUACUCUGGGGCCUGGCUUGUGGGGGAACAGAGGGUGUGCAGAAAGUAUUGGAAAUUCUAAGAGAUGAAUUGAUGAACACCAUGCAGCUUUUAGGGGUCAGAUCUCUACAAGAACUACAAACAACCCCAAACCUAGUAGUACAUGAAUCGUAUCUAUUUUCAAAACUAUGAUGAAAUUAAUCGACGGGGAUAAUAUUUCAUUCACAUCUGUUAUCGCAUCCUUUGGUUUACCGUGUAAACAGGAGGUGCUUUAGACUCAUUUAGAGCAACUAUACAACAGGAGGUAGAUCGACAUCUGAGCUGACAUUGGCCUAUCCGAGAACGC